AUGAACAUAGACGUGGAAUUCCACAUCCGGCACAACUACCCCUGGAGCAAGUUGCCGGCCAACGUGCGGCAGAGUCUUGGGAAUUCACAAAGAGAAUAUGAGAAACAGGUCGUCCUGUACAGUAUCCGUAACCAGUUACGAUACAGAAAUAACUUAGUUAAGCAUGUCAAGAAAGAUGAACGCAAAUACUAUGAAGAAUUGCUGAAAUACAGUCGCGAUCACCUCAUGCUGUACCCUUACCAUUUAUCCGAUAUCAUGGUCAAGGGCCUGAGGGUCACACCAUUUUCAUACUACACGGGGAUUAUGGAGGAUAUAAUGAACAGUGAGAAAAGUUAUGACUCGUUGCCCAAUUUUACGGCUGCUGACUGUCUAAGACUCCUUGGCAUAGGAAGAAACCAGUACAUUGAUCUUAUGAAUCAAUGCAGAUCCUCAAAAAAGUUUUUCAGAAGGAAAACUGCCCGUGAUCUCCUGCCAGUGAAGCCAGUGGACAUUACCAUCGAGGCAUGGUGGGUGGUACAGGCAGGCUACAUCACAGAGGAUGACAUAAAGAUAUGUACUAUGCCUGAGAAAUGUGCUGUUGACAAGAUCAUCGAUUCCGGUCCUCAGCUCUCUGGAUCACUAGAUUACAAUGUAGUACAUAGUUUAUAUAACAAAGGAUUUGUUUACCUGGAUGUACCAAUUUCUGAUGACAGUUGCAUAGCAGUUCCUCCUCUUGAAGGUUUUGUGAUGAAUCGUGUGCAGGGGGAUUACUUUGAAACACUACUCUAUAAGAUCUUUGUUUCCAUAGAUGAGCAUACUAAUGUUGCAGAGCUUGCAAAUGUCCUUGAGAUAGACUUAUCCCUAGUGAAGAAUGCUGUUUCAAUGUAUUGCCGACUGGGCUUUGCCCAUAAGAAGGGACAAGUAAUAACUUUGGAUCAACUUCAUUCAUCGUGGCGGAAUGUUCCAUCUGUAAACAGAUUGAAGAGUACUUUCGAUCCACAAAAGAUGCUCCUGUCGUGGGAUGGUGGGGGAAGUAGGAGUCCUGUCCAAGAAGUUUCAUCGGCUACUGACACCGACACAAACAGUCAGGAAGAUCCUGCUGAUACAGCCAGCAUAUGCAGUUUGAAUCUGCCUACAGGAUAUACUAAGCGUAUCGCAUUCCUGUUUGAUUCAACUCUUACUGCCUUUUUAAUGAUGGGAAAUCUUUCACCAAACUUGAAAAGUCAUGCAGUCACGAUGUUUGAAGUUGGCAAGCUCUCAGAUGAGUCUCUGGACAGCUUUCUUAUAGAACUGGAAAAGGUAAAUCUCAGAGUUCUGAACAAAAAUUACACUCUGCUUGUUUCCAUGGCGCCUCUGACCAAUGAAAUCCGACCGGUCAGCAGCUGCACCCCUCAGCAUAUUGGACCAGCCAUCCCGGAAGUCAGCUCUGUCUGGUUUAAACUGUACAUUUACCAUAUCACUGGGCAAGGACCACCAUCUCUCUUACUGUCCAAAGGUACAAGGCUUCGAAAACUGCCAGAUAUAUUCCAGGGUUAUGAUCGAUUACUGAUUACAUCUUGGGGCCAUGAUCCUGGGGUGGUUCCUACUUCAAAUGUGCUCACAAUGCUGAAUGAUGCUUUAACACAUUCUGCAGUUUUAAUACAGGGCCAUGGUUUACAUGGGGUAGGAGAGACCAUCCAUAUACCUUUCCCAUUUGAUGAAUCAGAACUACAAGGAGAGUUUACCCGGGUCAAUAUGGGGGUUCACAAAGCAUUGCAGACUUUGAGGAGCAAAGUGGACCUGCAGCACUUUUGUGGCUACGUCACGAUGCUGAACGCCUCUAGUCAUCUUGCACACCGAAAGCUCAGCGAUGCUUCCGAUGAGAGAGGAGAGCAUGAUUUGGCUUCUGGCUCAGAUGUAAAUGGAAGUACAGAAUCCUUUGAAAUGGUCAUUGAGGAAGCAACUAUAGAUUCAACCACAAAGCAAAACUUUGGGGCCACAGCAGAAGCCGACUGGGUUCCUCUCGAAUUGUGCUUCGGAAUUCCACUGUUUAGUUCUGAGUUAAAUCGGAAGGUUUGCAGGAAAAUUGCUACACAUGGCCUUUGCAGAAAAGAGAGCCUUCAAAAUCUCUUACAUUCCAGUAGAAAACUAUCUCUACAAGUCCUCAACUUUGUUCACUCAUUCCAGGAAGGUGCUUCAACACUGGAUGUCCACACAGAGGCCAGUUUCCCCAGUGUGUUCUCACAGUCAUCGAAUGCUGAUACAGGAGUCCCGCUUCCUGCCAAGAACUUGAUGUUUAAGGAUGGAGUCCUGUCAGAGUGGAGUGGCUGGUCUCCCUCCUCACUUCUUAUUGCUAAUCUCCAUUUGCAAUAA